UGGUGCAAAAGCGCGUGCCUAUUUAAAGCAGUCUUCGAUGGCAGUAAGGCAGUAACACAACAACUUCACUUGCUCCACAACAACACAGUGUAUUUCGUCGAUUAAAACGCAACUUACAAUCAUGAAUGCUAAGGUAACAAUGUUGAUGCUUUUGGUCGUGGCGUUUGUCGGACUCUCCAUCGCUGAUGACGACGAUAAUCGUUUAGUACUUAUUCGUGGUCGCCGGCCUCUACAACAUCUUUUGAGACCUUUGGCAGGCCGACCACUACAAGGAGGCGGUAUACCUUUGGGAAGUUUGGGAAAUUUGGGAAACCUAGGAGGAGCUAGUGCUGCAGGAGCUGGCAACGGCGCUGUUAUAGGUAAUCAAGCCAUUGGAACAGGCACUGGCGUCGCUAACGCUGGACCAGGUGGUUUUGGCAUUGGUCUCGGAGUUGGACUUGCUGUUGCAACUCCUGUGGGAAAUUUUGCGGUCGGGAAUGGCCAAAGUAUUUCCCUCGGUAAAUAAGGUGAACGCGAGCAGAUACUCUCAAAGACCUGGGGUUCAUAUUACCCUGUAUAUUGUCCUUGGAAGGACACGACGUGACACGAACGUUCAUGAUUCUCAAGAGUAUUUAUCAAUAAUGAGUAUGUAAAAAUACUCUUCCUCCCAAUUCCAGUUUCUCUCCUUGUACACAUGUAAAAUGUUCUGUAAAAAAUGAACUUUACGAUGAAAAGAAAUGGUGAUAGUCGCUGAUAAUGGAAUACAAACGGUUAUGAACAUACAAAGUCAAA